AUCCAUUGUUUGCAUUGUGUUACCUCUGCUUUACGUGGUUGUCACUUAUGAGAUCGUGAAAUGUUGAUGAAGGACGUGGCAUACGUUUGACGUGACUCACGUAGGAUUGUGUUUCUGACGUCUGCAUUCUGAAGCUUUGAAUUUUAUUUGUUAAAUCAAAAGAGAAUGGGUUUGACAAUUUCGAGCGUUUUCAAUAGGCUAUUCGGGAAAACUCAGAUGAGGAUACUGAUGGUUGGGUUGGACGCCGCUGGAAAGACGACAAUUCUGUACAAACUGAAGCUCGGAGAGAUUGUGACCACAAUUCCUACUAUUGGCUUUAAUGUGGAGACCGUUGAGUACAAGAACAUCUGCUUUACGGUGUGGGAUGUCGGCGGCCAGGACAAGAUAAGACAACUGUGGCGUCACUAUUUUCAGAACACUCAGGGGUUGAUCUUCGUGGUGGAUUCGAACGACCGCGGACGGAUAGAGGAAGCGGAGAAGGAACUGCAGAACAUGAUGCAAGAGGACGAGCUGAGAGACGCAGUGUUGCUGGUGUUCGCGAACAAGCAGGAUCUGCCCGAGGCGAUGAGCGCGGCGGAGCUGACGGACAAACUCGGCCUCAACCACCUCCGAAACAGGAAGUGGUACAUACAGACCACCUGCGCCACUCAGGGCCACGGCUUGUACGAAGGUCUGGAUUGGUUGUCGAAUGAACUCUCCAAGAAGUAAAACUAACAUUCCUCUCUGUUGAGUAUGAGACUGUGCAAUGUGAAGCGCUAAGUAAACAUUGUGUGUGUGUGUCUGAGUGAAGACAUAUUGAUAGUUUACGUUAUCAUCAAAAGACUAGGGCUGACGAUCAUCAGUGUAAGUUACUUUAUGCAUUGGAGGUUCGUGUAUAUCUCUCAAGUUCUUUGUGCUUAACAUUACAUCGCAUGGAUUUGAACAUAACCAUCUUAAACUGGAUGCACCACUCAGCAACUAUUGACCACGAAAAGUGUAUUGCACUCAUAUGUUGUUUGCUGGUGGGAAUGAACUCAUUUGGUGCUGACAGAAAGUGUAAUUGUAUGACACUUUAUAUCUUAAUGUCUGGACACAAUCAACUUAAAUUUAACACAUGGCCGAAGGCACUUAUGAAACACAAAACUAGCACAGGCAUCUGGCUACAACGGACAUAAACUUAACUUCUUUUCUUUGUUUAUGAUGGUUGUUUUAGCGGAGCUAUUCUAGAACUCGAUACCAUACCAUGUUUACGUCAUUUACACUUACAUCGUUACCAUCCCUACUUUCUUUUGGGGAAAGUGCGGAAAAUAGGGGUUUUGGGCGGGGAACAUUGUAUUCCUUAUUUUUCGCUUAUGUAAUUUUCUUAUAAUCAUUAUUUCCCAUCAACUAAAUAUCAAUAUCACAAUUUUGAUCAUAUGUUUCACAUUUUUAACAUAAUCAAAUACUGGUAUUGUGAAGUACAGUAUACUGUAUCUUCACGAUACCUAAAAUAUAAUUUUUUGUACAUUGUUCACACAUUUAACUAUUUAAAUUCCAGUAUCGCAAAAUAGAGUACACCGAGAUACCUAGGUUUUUUUAUACAUUUUUUCACACAUUAAAAACUACACAGUUAUCAACAUUUGAAAACCUACUUCCCCUACAGUUUUUUUCCUCGCAUAUGAAGCUUCCUCAACUGGAGAUAUCACAUUCUAGAACUGACCCGUUUUAGCCUUUAAGAAAUUAAUGCUGCAGUGUAAAUAGGGCCUAUAUGAAAAAAUUGCAUUUACUGAAUAAAAUCUAUAAAAGCAAAAAUAAAGGUUUUAUUUUUUCUAAGUGUGCCGUGAUUUCAGCAAAACUUCGUUGUCAGAACAUAAUAAACAAAAGAAAAUAAAAAAAUAUUCAUCACAAUUUAGUUAACUCACACAUUUUGUUAUUUAUUAAAUAAAGUUUUAUAAUGACAUCAUAGUAGAACGUUCAGAGUUUUUUAUUGGCCGAAAACAUAGAAUUAAGCAAGCAUCAAACCUAGAGUGAACUCUAUCUACUUACUAAUUCUGGACUUAUGUAAUUCUUAUCAUAAUGUGUAAUUGUAGUGAGUCGGAUUAGAUUUCAGGAAGGCCAACUGUUUUGUAUAAUACUGGGUUGUGUAAAUGAAAUGCAAAUGUUGAUUGUAUCCAGGCUUUUAAUGAUAUGUUAUUGCUUCCUUGCCUUUUUGCUUGAACAACCUUCACCCAUUUCUUGUUAUUUGUUUGUACAUUAUGUGCCUUGUGGGUAAAUGUGCAGAACAGCUGCCACUUUAAAUUUAAUGUACCAGAAAUCCCUGUGUUGUGUUAAAUGUUUGUAGUACUGCACAUUUUCACUUCAAAUAUUAUUUGAAUUACUAAUGUUAAUUCUUAAAAAAUUGUGUUUGUGAGGUUAGUGAAAAUGAUAGUUAGGAAGUUUAAUAAGUCUAUUAAGAACAGUGGCAUAAUGUAAAUGUUAUUUGCCUGACUAGAAAUUUUGAAGUGGUAAUGGUCUAGAAUUGGUUGAUGAUGAAAAUAAAUUUUAGAAUAUGAGGAGAAAAA